GUAUGGAGGAAGGAAGGCAGAAGAAUGGAAAGUUGGUGUGCGUCACUGGUGCUUCCGGCUUCCUGGCUUCUUGGCUCGUCAAGCUCCUUCUUCUUCGUGGUUACACUGUCAAGGCCACUGUUCGUGACCCUAAUGAUUCAAGAAAGGUAUCUCACUUGGUUGAAAUGGAAGGAGCAAAGGAGAGAUUGCAUCUAAUGAAAGCAAAUCUGAUGGAGGAAGGGUCCUUUGACUCUGCUGUUGAAGGCUGUGAGGGUGUCUUUCAUACUGCCUCUCCUGUUUCCGUUGAUGUCAAAGACCCUCAGACUGAACUCAUAGAGCCAGCAGUGAAGGGAACUCUCAAUGUUCUAAAGUCAUGUGCAAAAUCGACAUCAUUGAAACGAGUUGUUAUGACUUCUUCCUUGGCUACAAUAUUAUUUAAUGGAAAGCCUAAGACUCCUCAAACUGUUGUUGAUGAAACCUGGUUUUCAGAUCCAGAAUUUUGUGAUGAGUAUGAGCACUGGUCCGGCUAUAUACUUUCCAAGACUUUGGCUGAAGAAGCUGCUUGGAAAUUUGUGAAAGAAAACAACAUUGAUAUGGUUACUAUUAAUCCAGGAACAGUGAUAGGACCUCUCUUGCAACCAACACUUAACACAAGUUCAACUACAGUUGCAAUUAUAUUCAAUGGGGCAAAAACUUUUCCAAAUUUCUCUUUAACUUUGAUUCAUGUAAAAGAUACUAUAAAUGCUCAUAUUCAGGCAUUUGAAAUUCCUUCGGCUGGUGGAAGAUAUUGUUUGGUUGAGUCAGUGAAACACUACUCAGAAAUUGUGAAGGUUUUGAGUCAUAUGUACCCAACAGUACAAUUUCCAGAUAAAUGUGCAGAUGAUAAACCCUUCAUGCCAAUCUUCCAAGUUUCCAAAGAAAAGGCAAAGACUUUGGGAAUUGACUUUAUUCCAUUUGAAGUGGGUCUUAGAGAGAUAGUGGAAAGCUUCAAAGAAAAGAGAUUUGUUAACUUCUAAAUUGUAUGCAGGAUGGAAACUAGAGAUGGAGCAAGCUGCAAUUAAAGUAUAAGGCAUUUAAUUAGGAAAGAAAUGCACUUGGAACAUAAUGUCACUCAGGGACCUAUUGAGGGAAUUAAUGACGAAGUACCUUUAAUUAAGUGAUAAUAUGAUAAUAAGGAGUAAUGCUUAUUUCUAAGCUAUAAUUUCCUCUACACCUCUCUUUAUGAUUUGUGAUCAAGUUUAAUUUGUUCUCGAAUCUUGUAGUUUUUUUCCCCAUAAAUAGAACCUUACAAUUUCAA